GGAGCAACAGCUUCCUUCCCUCCCGGAGUUCUCAACUGCGGCGGCCGGACAGAGUAAGGAAAUGCAGCCAGCGCCACAUCUCGGUUUCUGUUGAGUCUUGGGAAAAAGUUUGGGGCCUCGCCGGUCGGAUUGUUUUUCUGAUCGGCAGUAGCGCGGGCUGUCUUUGCCGGGAGACUGAAUUCUCGACACAAUGAGUAAGAUCCCCAAGUUUUUCAAGGGCGGAGGAGGGUCCGGCUACUCCAAGGGCAAAGGCAAGGGGGGCCCCACUCCUCAGGAGGCCUUAGCCCGCCUGCGGGAGACGGAGGAGAUGCUGACCAAGAAACAGGAAUACCUGGAAGCCAGGAUCGCAAAGGAGCUGGCGGUGGCCAAGAAACACGGCACCAGAGACAAACGGGCUGCACUGCAAGCACUGAAGAGGAAAAAGAGAUAUGAGAAACAGCUGAGCCAAAUUGAUGGGACGCUUUCUACCAUUGAAUUCCAGCGCGAAGCACUUGAAAAUUCCUACACAAACACUGAAGUGUUCAAGAACAUGGGCUAUGCUGCCCAAGCUAUGAAAAAAAUACAUGACAAUAUGGAUCUGGACAAAAUUGAUGACAUGAUGCAAGACAUCACUGAGCAGCAAGAUAUUGCCCAGGAGAUAACAGAAGCUCUUACAAGAAAAGUUGGCGACGAUUUUGAUGAGGAUGAGCUGCUGGCAGAAUUGGAGGAACUGGAGCAAGAAGAGCUUAACAACAAAAUGACAAAUGUCCGAUUACCAAGUGUACCUGCCACGCCGCUGCCCUCACAACCCGCAUCUUCAAGGAAGAGAGUGGAGGACGAAGAUGAAAUGAAGCAUCUGGCAGCCUGGGCAUCUUAACAUUACCUCGAAGGUUUACAGCCAACACUAUGGGCAGAGUUCAUGUGUUAUUCGCAGUGCUGUUGUGUUUUAAUAGCAACCAAACCUGAUCCCUGUUGAAGCUUUUUGUAUGUUUAUUUUUUUUAAAAAGAACAGAACUGGAAUUACUCCAAACCUACAGCAAAAAGGCUCUAUCUUCUUCAGAUGUAGACUUUUCUGACUUUUAAAAAUGUGUGUAUUGAAAAAACUAGAUGAAACUUAUAUCACUGGGUAAUCACAGUAUUAUCCUUUGGCCUUGAACUUGUCUGUCUGUGUCUUUCUGUGUCAGCCUGAAAUAAGAUUUAACAGGAGGCAAGGCAGAGGCCUAAUUCUUACAAGUCUACCCAGCUUCUUUUCCCUUUAGUCCGUGGUGGUUUUGUUGUUCAGAGUGAACAUUUUUCCAAAUUAGUUUGUGGCAAAGGGUAGAGGAAGCUAUGUUGGAUAGCUUAGGUAGGUUAAAUGCUAUGGUUUCCUAUCUUGCAUAGCCAGGGAAUGAGUUGCGACGGGAUAAUGGAAAUCUGCUUUCUACAAGCUUUCUCAGAUUUGGAAAGGUUAAAAUUCAUGAUCCACUUCGCCCACAUUCAGUUCUGAUUGCAUAAAAUAAAUGCAGGCCCACAAAUAAUUUUGCACUGUUGACUUCCUGCACUUAUAUACAGAAGCUUCAUGCAAAUACUUUCUUGCUCAUUCAUAAGGGGUGGAUAAAAAUCCCAUAGUACCUUAAAGACUAAUGUGAGUAUUGUUGCAAGUGCCUCCUCACAUUAAUGUAUGCAAAUACGACGUCAACAUAAUCUUAAGUAGAUAGAUGAAUAAUAAAGAACCAAACAGUAUAACUCUACUGUCCAUGUGUUAGUCCCUGAGGUGUCACAAGACACUUUACAGAGGGUUGGGCUUGAUGGCCCUUGGGGUCUCUUCCAACUCUAUGAUUCUUGUUACUUUGAAUGCCAUCAAAGAUAUUUAAUAGACAGGUGGAACUCUCACAGAUUUCUUCUUUGAGUAAAACCACUUCAGGUCUAAUGAACUUGCAAAAGCGACUGGGAGAAAAUCCAGAUUAGAUUGAAUGUGUGUAACCCAUGGACUUAUCAAACUAUUGAAAAAAUUGCAGAUGCCUUAUGCUGAAAUAGUGGGACACCAAAUUCUACAUUGCUUUGUUGCUGGAAUGAAGAAGAGGCUCGUUUGCUGCUCUUUCCAUUAACUUCCUUUUUAAUACUGAAUCUUUUACAGAGCAACUUCAUAAUGCACUACCAGUUCUUGAAAAGAAUGAUCUUAAAGGCUUUUAAAAGACUGUUUCUUUUUAAAGCGGCCAUCUCACAUUUGUUCAAUGUCUUGUUUGUUUGAAUGAAUCACUUAUUUAAAUGUUUAAUUACAGGACUGGAAUAACUUAUUUGAUUUUAUGCUUCAUAUUUCACAUCCAAUUACUCUUUUGAGUAAGGGAACAAUACUAAGUCUGCACUGAGAAAUUGGUGAUUGGAAAUGGAAGGCAAAUAAAAUGUAAAUACUUUAAUGUCUUGCUGUUGAGUACAGUUAACUGAACACAUCUACUAUCGCUUUUAAAAACUAAACCCAGAAUGAGGUGUUGAUCUGGGUUUGAUCUAUAUAACCUGGGCAGCCGUUUGUGGGAGGAUAUUGGCAUUGUGACCAGCGUGCUGGUUGGCAUUCACUUAUAUAAAAAGCCUGAAUGGAAGAUGCAAACUUCCAGUGAAUACCAGUAAUAAUUUUUUUAAAGCCCAGAGUGCCAUGUGCAAAAAACCGAGAAGUUUCAGUUCAAGCAUUAUGGGAACCUAUACUUCAUUUAACCACUACAUUUAGUGUGAUUGCCCAAAUCAGGUUACUCCAUUAUCUAUGGAUGGUUAGGGAAUAUCAUCCUAAGAUCUAAAAUCAUAGUUGGUCUUUCUUGAUAUAUGAAUAUAGAUUCCAUGGCUUGUUGUGGUGCUGUCCUCACUGCACUGCAAUGGGAUACUAGCUGUAAGGGAAAACCAAGGAUGGUGGAAUAAGUGUGAAGGCUUUUACUUUAUGACUGAACUAAGUGUUGAAGCAUACCUUAGAUCGGUUUGCGACAGCAGGUUCCAGUAGGUGCUCAAAGGCUUAAUGAAGCAAACUAAAAAAUUGGUCCCCAUGGAUGCUGAGCUUGUAUUCUUCCCUGAAGAGAAACUGUUGUGAAGUAUAAUGGCAAUAAAAGACAAACAUCUUCAUUAUGCAUAAUUUUGCUUAAGUGUUCUACUGGGCAGCCCUUCAACAGGGCCAGGAGCCCAGAUGCAGUGCCGCAGCUUCUCUGUCCCGCUAUUCCUAGGAGGGAUUUCCAGUGGCUGUUGGAAAGCCCUCCAUAGGGCCCCCAUGGACUUAUGCCACCCAACAGAUGGCAUAAGUCCAGGAGCUGGGCACUGGCAUUUCUGGUGGUGAAGUGGGGAUGGAAGCUGACUACUGUUGUCUCCACCCUUGGCCAGGCCUCCAGAACACCCCUGUGAUGCUGGUGCAGGCAACAGGGGUGCAAGACCACUGGUGUGGUGCGCACUGCCACACCCGGCCAUUUCAGUGGGUCACAGCAGCUGCCCACCAUCAGAUCCACCCCUUUACUGUGGCAAGUGUCCCAGGGACAGCAAAUUUGCCAGCAUAGACUUGCAUCACCUCCAACAGCUGAUCCUCCCCCCCACCUUUGGAUUGGACCAGUCAUUAGUUUAAAAGUACCUGUUCUUGAAAUCUGUGAAGUAAUCCUUUGAAUAAAAGCAGAAAUUCUUACUUGCCAGGAUAGACCAGUCAAGCCCGAUCUUGGAAACUAAGCAGGCUUGGCUCUAGUUAGUACUUGGAUGGGAGAUAACCAUGGAAGUUCAGGGUUGCUAUGCAGGCACUGGCAAUGCCCCUUGUCUUGGAGCUGCUAUAAGUGAGUCCUCAAUUUAGAAUGCCAACAUUUCUGAGUCAGGUUGUUUCUAAUGAUACCAAACCUUGGGCUUUAAAAAAAUAAGAUGCCAACUGGGGGCCAUAUCCAACCAACUUGGUGAAUGUAAAAAAGAGGAAAGGGUCCAUGGAGAGGUUCACGGGACCUACAUGGACAAAAAAGCAGUAGUGAUUGUAGUAAGCAGGGGAGACUAAGUGGGAAAGUUAACUGGAUUUAACCAUAGUGUGCUUUCAAGCAUACAAUGUGUACCCUGAGUGACAUGGGUUUUCUGGGAAUCUGUGUGCACAGCGGAUAAAUUUGUCAGUUUACUCUGGAGCAUUGUGGCAUAGUGGUUAAAAGCAGGUAGACUCUAAUCUGAAGAGCUGGGUUUGAUUUCCCACUCCUCCACAUGCAGCAUGCUGAGUGACCUUAUGCCAAUCACAAUUCUUUCCGCAGUCUCUCAGCCUCACCUGCCUCACAGGGUGCCUGCUGUGGGGGGAGGAAGGAAAGGACCUUGUGAGCCUCUUUGAGACUCCUUACUGGGGAGAAAGGAGGUGUAUAAUCCCAACGCUUUUUCUCUUCUUCUUGUAGUUAAAAGUGCCUUUUUAUGCUGGGAAAAGUGCCAUCCGGAAUGGUACACGGUCAUGUGUCAAUCAGGUGAGAAGUGCCUGUGAACUUCCACACAACUUACUGCCAUGGAACUGAACUGGCAAAAACAAUUGUUGGAAUGGUUAAAAUUUCAGUCUGAUCCUAUGUGGCCGUAGGCAUGGACAAGGCUGUGCUCUUAAGGGCAUCCAACUUUGAAUGAUGUUGGACUGCCAGUCACUUAAAACGACGCAUAUUUUGAUGUUCACCUGAACAUCUUCAUUGGCGGAUCUGUGUUUCAGUAGUAUAUAAGAGAAAGAAAAAGAAGCGUGCAGAUUCAUUCUUGCUGAAGGUUGUAGUUGUGUCAUAUUGUAAAAUAGAAGUUAGGAACAUUUUUCUCUUCUCAUAUGCUUACCUUUUAAAAAAUCCUGUAUUCUAAUGUCUAUUUUGGUUAAUUUCCACCCCCAGGACAGCAAUUUUAUAUACUGUUUUUAAUACAGCUUAUUUAAGUGAAACUACAGAAGCAUAAUUUAACUCUUUUACAGAAAUACUGGUCAACACUCUAAACUGUAUAAAAUACUCUUGCUGUUUUCAGUCCUCAAUACAGAUUUGUGUCUUGACCCAAAAUGCUUUAGGGUGAUGCCAAGAUGACCAAAUAUAGGUGGCUGCUACUGAAAACAACAGCCCCUUUUGUUUGCCUCGCGUCACAUCUAUUAAAAGUGAGAGUUUCCUCGUUCCUGCCAAUUCUGUAGAGUAGAGGAUUGGGAAAUGUCCUUGGGAUGCUGUUGUGAAAUAAGGUAAAGAUGAGCCAGAUACCCAGUAGCAAAUCUAUGCCUUCUGAAAUAUGCACUUCUAUUCUUCUCUGAAAUAAAUGCCAUUUGGAUUAA